GGCCACUUGGCAACAUUGCGCGGCCGCUAGCCUCCACCAGGCACAGCCUGCUCUAUUUAUAAACGCAUGACUACCGAAGACGAUCAGCGAAUGUGUGUGCGAAGGUAUCUGGUGCAACGUACUGUCCAUUCCGAUCUUGGACAAGCACAUCGCCUGCGAAGCUUCGUCUCUUUUAAGUCUGGUGUUGGCACCGCUGCCAUAAUCCGACGCUGUGGUUGCAGAUCCAUCGCUAAUCAAAUCCACGUGUACCAACCUGCCACCAAAAUGCAGCUCGCGUACACGAUGCCCUUUCUUCUCUUGGCGCUCUGCGCCACGGCAGCGAUGCCGCUGGCAGCUGGUGCCGCACCUCCUUCCUCUCAGUACCUGAAGCAGAGUGGUGAUCUUCGGGAUGUGAUUAAGGCGGAAGGCGGGACGAUCAGCAGUUGGGGAGGCUCUCUCGAGGCGUUCCCCAAUGCCUAUCUUGGAGCAGGAUUGGUGACGUUGGAGGCUGGCUUCAUGAUGCUCCCCGAGUACUCGGACUGCCAUUACCUCCUCUACGUGCUGGAAGGGUCCGCCCACGUGGGAUUGAUGUCACCUGUCGGGAUCCCCACCAAUGCCAGGAGGAUCGAGCGAGGGGACGUGUUCGCGAUUCCCCGCGGCUGGGUGAGCUGGGCCGUCAACUGCGGAAGCUCCCGUCUGCGGGCGUUCGUUGCAUGGGACACGUCGGARGGCCAUGCACKUGGCGAAUGCAUGCACUUCCACCUCGCGGGCUCGUCGUCGAACUCCACUGCGGCGAUGGAGCAUCAGAAGGACACGGGCGCGAUUCUGCUCGGUUUCAGCAAGGAGCUGCUGGCCAAGGCGUGGGACGUGGGCGUCAGCCACGUGGAGAAGCUGCUGCGGUCCCAGCUCGGGAGCGCCAUUGUCAGAGUGCCUUCUCCCUCAGGAAACAACCCCGCCACGUGUCGCAAUGUCGUGGAUCGGAUUGUGCUGGCGAUGGGCGUGGGCACGGAACUUGAUGAUGACGUCAACGCGGAGCAGGGGUCGGCGUCCGCGUCCGGUUUCUUGCCGCUUUCUGGGGGCGAGCUCGUGUACAAGCUGGACAGGUCAUUCGCUGACGUGGCGAAUAAGGGCGGGAAGCUCUGGUGGUUGAAUGCGCACCGAAUGCCAGCGCUGCGUCGGCUGGGAAUGGGCGCGCACAGAGUGUCUCUGAGGCCGGGGGCGGUGAUUGGCCCGGCCUGGUCGGUGAACGCCCACCACAUCGUGUACUUCAUCAGCGGGAAGGGGAGGGUGCAGAUCGCGGGGCCGGACGGGCGCAACGAGCUGGACGCGGAGGUGCGCGCAGGACAGGUGGUGGCGAUCCCGCGCUUCUUCGCGGCGAUGAAGGUGGCGUCGGAGGAGGAGCCGCUGGAAAUGAUCUCCGUGGGGUCGUCCUCCAUGCCCUGGUCGUCCUUCCUCUCCGGUUCGACGUCCAUGUUGAAGAACAUGCCCUUGGAGGUGGUGACCCACGCGUUCGAUAUCGAUAGGGAGAUGGAGGAGAAGUUCAGGGAGAAGAGGAGGGGGGUCACCGCCGUUCUGCCCCCAUCGGAGAGUCGGUCUGAGAAGGAUGUGUAGAAUUGCGCGUUAAGGAAUCUCAAAUAGACGCCUUCGAUUUCCACCGGGAGAGGAGUUAUUGAUUGACGUCAACGGGGUAGGGAGAAGAGGAUUAUAUUCAAAGGGGGGGGCGGGGGGACGGGGGGGUUGUUUUGUUUUGACGUCAACAGUGUCGGGAGAAGAGGAUGAUACCCGCCGGGAGGGGAGUUCGUUUUGUUUGACGUCAACAGGUCAGGGAGAGAAGGAUGAAUGACAAUGAACGUCAUGAUCGCGUUUCUGCGGCAGUCUGCAGUUUGUUUGACGGCAACAGGGUAGGAGAGAAGAGGGUGAAUGUGUGGAGUGUGAGUAGAAAGGUAGUCUGCAGUGAAGACGGUCAACGUCGACAGGAGGAGGGAGGUGGUAGGUCAGGGAGUAUAGAGAGGAGGAGGGAGUGGCGGGGUGAGAGAGUAGAGGACGGGAGGUGUGUUGUUAUCGCGGUUGUGGUUGCAAUCCGAGAGUCGGUGGUUUCAGUACAGCAGCCGCACGGGCUACCAUCUUCAUCGCAAUGUAACGACCGGGAAUUAUAUCUGUAUCUGGACUUCUAGUUGCCCCAAAUUCGGCAUUAACGAUCGGGCGUUUUUUUCUGGUGAAGACGGUAGGCAUUGCGUGUGCCCUCUUGUCCUCCUCACGGAUUGCUGGGGAUCGCUGUCGCGACGUCAUACCGGCGGCGGACAGCGGACGUUCCGGUCCGAAUUUGACUCGAAUUUGGGAGACACUCAGUUCAACGAGACGUCGCGGUGCAAAUAGAAAUAAAAAAAGCACACACCAAGAAGACGUAGGUGUAUUGAUUUAAGGGCAUGAUGAGCAUUACCGCGUGCGAGAAGUCCGCAAGUUCCGGCUCUACUUAUCAUUAGUGUUUGCAGGAAUGGUGUACGCCACGGGGCACGGGGAACACGUGCAUGGAGGGGAACACGUGCAUGGAGGGGAACACGUGCAUGGAGGAGGGAAGAGUACCGAGCAGAGGUCAGGAUUAUUUUUUUUUGUCGUCUUUCGUGCGUGGACUCGGUAACGUCAGCAGACUCAAAAAGUCAGAGAACGAAAAAAAAGCUUUCUGAUUGUGAAUGUGAGCAUGCGAUUGCUCUGCCUGAUUGCGCAUUGAGAUGUGCCUGGUUUGCCGAGCUACCGGUAGUUAGUGGAGAAGCAGCGCCGCUGCAGCGGGAUGUAUGGACAUGAUGCUGGAAAGUGACGAGGUGCUUGCACUUGUGUACGCGAGACCAUCGUUCUCGUUCUCGGCCUGUUUGGUGUAGUUCGUCCUCCUCCCAGCUUGCCGCGUGUUUUCUUGUUGACGGCCUUUUUGGUUCAUCCAGGCCUCUGAGGCUCUGAGCUUGCUACGUGUU